UAAGAAUUAGUUCAGACCAGUUCAAUGCUGAGCGAGCAAAGGCUGGGAGUCUGUAUGUAUGUGGGUGUCCCGGAACUGGGAAAUCAUUGUCUAUGGAGAGGGUGAAAGAGCUUUUGAUGAACUGGGCUACAGAGGCUGGUUUCUCGCUGCCAGAUAUUUUAUCUGUAAAUUGUACAUCCCUUGCCAAUACAUCUGAUAUUUUCACUAAGAUACUUGGGUUAAACCAAGGACGGGGAAAAAAGGUUUCAGCCACACCCUUACAACAACUUCAGAACAUAUAUUCUCAGAAAUCAUCUAUCAAGAACAUGAUAUUGAUAGUAGCUGAUGAAUUAGAUUACCUAAUAACCAAAGACAGAGCUGUGCUCCAUGAUCUUUUCAUGCUUACUACCUUCCCAUUUUCCAGAUGUAUAUUAGUAGGUGUAGCAAAUGCAAUUGACCUAGCUGAUCGAUUUCUUCCGAGGCUUACAUCAUUAAAUUGCAAGCCUAUUGUUGUAACUUUUAGGGCAUACUCUAAAGAUCAGAUCCUUAGGAUUCUCGAAGAAAGGCUAAAUGAACUUCCUUACACUGUCUUCCGACAUCAAGCACUGGAACUAUGUGCUAGGGUAGGUCCACUUGUGAUUUGUCACAUCUUUUAUAGUCUUUGCCAAGGAAAGAGUGCAAUAGAGAUGCUAGAAGCAGAAAUUAGAGAAUCUGCCUGCAAUUUGAAUACUUCAUUGGAAGAGAAGUCAUCCUCCCAGCAAAGUCUUGCUACAGCUCCUGAUUUUAUGAAAAAACAAGAAUUUGAUAUUGUAAGGGUUGAUCAUAUGGCUCUUGCCUUGUCAAAGACAUAUAGAUCACCGGUGGUGGAUACAAUACAAUCUCUGCCACAUCAUCAACAGAUUAUACUUUGCUCUUUGGUGAAGCAAUUCCGUGGAGCCAAGAAAGAUGCAAUCCUUGGGGAGUUGUAUAAGUCUUACAUGGAGAUAUGCAAAUCAUCACUCGUUCCCCCGGCAGGAAUCCUAGAAUUUUCAAACAUGUGCAGAGUGCUGAGUGGUCAGGGGCUGAUUAAACUAGGACAAUCCCGAGAGGAUAAAUUGAAAAGAGUGACACCCAAAGUAGAUGAUGGUGAUAUUACUUUUGCAUUGCAGGGAAUCCGUUUUUUUCGAAACUGUCUUAAAUGUUUCUGCUGAUAGGCUGGUGGUUUUCAUUCAGCUUUAUGUGAGACUGUAGAUUCUUCCAUAGAUUAAGGUUAGUUCAUUUGGGUCAGACUGUUGUCUUCAUUAUAUGAAGUGGAUAUACUCGAUGAAACAUACAGUGGCAGAAUUUUCAGCUACGAAGCAGCUGUUAGAGGAAUUUUUUUUUUUUUUCAAGAACGAAUAAUAGCAAUAGAAGAAAGCAUUAAUUGCAAAUAAUAUAAUACUAUAAUUAUAGAAAUUCUUAAAAACUUCAUCAAUUUGGGAUA